AUGGAAGCAGAGGAUAUUGAAUGUGAAAUCAACGAGAAAAGUGCUCAGAUAAGUGCCUUUGUUUUGUCUUGUAAUACUGUUAAGAAUCCAGUAAUCUCACAAGCUAAUGCACCCCAAGUUAUUACAUCUCCACAACAAGUUAGUGCACCCCAAGUUAUCACACCUCCACAACAAGAUAAUUCACCACAAACCAUUCCAUCUCAACAAGUCAGUGAAUCACAGCCCACUACAUCCUCAACACUCGAAGUAAAUCCAUUGCAAACCCCACCGUUAAACCAAGAACAAUCAGUCACUGUUAACGAAUCCGAAGGUGUUAGUUCAAUGAAUACUAGCACUAAUACUGGUAAUCUUCCAAUGAACUAUCAAUCCAACCCAGUAUCACCAACAUCUCAACCACACCUCACCUCACCCCAACCCCAAACCAUGUGA